UCGUAAAUGGAUUACAAGAUGCAUGCCAAGUCAAACGAUUUGCUGGAUUUUCAGAAACUGGAUGCCCUUCUGGAAAAAAUUGCACAUUCAGUCUCUGUGAAAAGAGAGUCCAGCGAAGAGUGCAAUGGGAUCAGUGGUGCUCUGUCAGUGGAGUCUGUGCCGGGGCCAAGACUGAACUGGUGUCCUGCCAACACCACUACUCCUGCCCCUGCUCCAGCUCCAGCUCCUGCUCCGGAGCCCGAGCCCACGCCCAACCCUGUUAGAAUGGGGGACGGCCUGGACGCAGCGCAGAUGUCAGGUAGCAGCAGCAGCCAGGGGCAGGCCCAGCAAUUGGGUGUCCCCCCCACCCCAGAGGUCAUUACCAACAGGCCCAAGCGCCAGACCAAUCAGCUGCAGUACCUGCUCAAGGUGGUGGUGAAGGCCCUGUGGAAGCACCAGUUUGCCUGGCCUUUCCAUGCACCAGUGGAUGCAGUCAAACUUAACCUGCCUGACUACUACCAAAUAAUCAAAACUCCUAUGGACAUGGGAUCAAUCAAGAAAAGGCUUGAGAACAGUUUCUACUGGAACGCCCAAGAAUGUAUCCAAGACUUCAACACGAUGUUUACCAACUGCUACAUAUACAACAAGCCUGGAGAUGACAUAGUCUUAAUGGCUGAGGCACUAGAGAAGGCUUUCCUCCAAAAGAUCUCAGAAAUGCCUCAGGAAGAAAUUGAGAUUGUUGUCAUGACAGGGAAGGGACGUGGUCGGGGCCGGAGAGACCCAGGUCUGGGCUUGAAACCAGGGGCCAUCAUUGAUUCUUCAUCCACGACUCCUCAAACACGGGGUCUGUCAAACCUCUCAGCAGUACCACAGACCAGAGGACCAGUGCAGGGCCCGCCUUCACUACCUCCCCAGCCUUUGAUGCAGGGCCUGCCGUCCCAUGUGCCCCCAACGUUACCCAGCCAUGCGCCACAGCUUGGAGCACCCUACUCCCUGGGCCAAUCAGAUUGCGCUCCUCAAGUACCUAUCAUGACUUCUGUGCCUCCACCUGCUCAGACCUCCCUUCCCCCAGCAUCCAUCCAGAGCACUGCCCCACUGCUGCAGAACCCUAUAACCAUGACCAAACAAAGAAAGAGCCAGAAAAGGAAAGCAGACACUACAACACCCACAGCGAACGACCAACUGAGUGAGUCUUCCCCAGCAGAGUCCAAGUCUGGGAAGACGCUGCCUAGGCGAGAGAGUACCCGGCCCUCCAAACUGAUGAAGAAGGAUGCACCAGACUCCCAGCAUCACAUAGGCAUGGGGAUGGGACUGAGUGGACCAAGUGGAGGUAGCCCCAAACCACAAGAUCAGAUUGGAUAUUGUGCUGUUCUGGUCAGGGAAAUGCUGUCCAAGAAGCAUGCUGCUUACGCCUGGCCGUUUUACAAACCUGUUGAUGUGGAUGCACUGGGACUACACGAUUAUCAUGACAUCAUCAAACAUCCCAUGGACCUCAGCAGCAUUAAGGCCAAGCUGGAGAACAGGCAAUACCGGGAACCACAGGAGUUUGCUGCUGAUGUGCGAUUAAUGUUUUCCAACUGCUACAAAUAUAAUCCACCAGACCACGAGGUGGUGGCUAUGGCACGCAAGCUACAGGAUGUCUUUGAGAUGCGGUUUGCCAAGAUGCCAGAUGAACCUGAGAGCAAGCCUCUGGUAUCUGCCCCAGCUCCUACACUUCACCACCCUGCCCCGGUUAAACCCCAGCCUCCCAUUGCCCACGUUGCCUCUUCCUCAGACAGCUCCAGUGACUCAUCCUCUGAGUCUGAGUCUUCCACAGAUGACUCUGAAGAAGAAAGAGCUCAGAGGUUGGCAGAGCUCCAGGAGCAGUUGAAGGCUGUCCAUGAGCAGCUGGCUGCCCUCUCCCAGCCACAAGCCAGCAAACCAAAGAGAAAAGAGAAGGAAAAGAAAGAGAAGAAAAAAGACAAGCAUAAGAAGAAAGGAGGCAUGCCCAGCCUUGUAGAUGAGAUCCAGGAUACUACGCCUGUUCCGCAGCUCUCUAAGAAGACCAAGACCAGUAACAAUAACAACAAAGAGGUCGUUCCCAAGAAGAAACCCAGUAAAAAAGAGGGGAAAAGCAAUCAUCCCUCCAGCCUGCAGCCCGUUCCCAGCCUAGAAGACGAUCUAGGAGCAGCUGGGUCAUCAGCUACAGGCGAAAAGUGCAAGCCUAUGACGUAUGAGGAGAAGAGACAGCUAAGCUUGGACAUCAACAAGCUUCCUGGUGACAAACUUGGCCGUGUGGUGCAUAUUAUCCAGUCCAGAGAGCCCUCGCUCAAGAACUCAAACCCAGAUGAGAUCGAGAUUGACUUUGAGACACUUAAGCCCUCUACUCUACGUGAGCUGGAGCGAUAUGUGUCUUCCUGCCUCCGCAAGAAGAAGAAGGUUGCAGUCGAAAAGCCCGUUGAGUCCAUGGCUUCCUCCAAAAAGACUGGAUCUUCUUCAGAGAGCAGUGGCUCCAGCUCAGACAGCGAAGCUGAAGGGACAGGAAUAAUGAAACCACAAAAGAAAAAGGGCCCAUCUGUGAAGGAGGGAAAGAAGACACAUCCUCAUGGUCAGAGCGGCCCUCCACAGACGGGGCUUCAUCCCCAAGCUGCAGGCUUUCAGUCCAGCAGUCAGAUGAAGCAGCAUCAGCCAUCUCCUGCAGGCUUUAUGGCUGCUCCUGUGACUGCUCUGGAGUCUUCCCAGAUACUGGAGACUAGCUUUGAAUCCCUGCCGCCUUUCGGCCAACCCCUCAUGCAUCUGUCCCACCACACAGGCAACUCCUCCUCACCUCCACCUCCACACCUCAACGCUCAUUCUGCUGGGCCAGUGUCCCCCGAGACCCACCCUUUCCUCAACCAGCAUCCCGUCCUCCCAUCUCCAGCCUUGCACAUCUCCAUGCCUCAGCAGCCUUCUCGACCCAGUCACAAGGCAGCGCCUCUUCAUCCCAAACCUCCCCAGCAGCAACCAGCACCUCCUCAGCAGCAGCCAACUCUGCAGCAGCAACAACAACAACAACAACAACAACAGCAACAGCAACAACAGCAGCAGCAACAGCAGCAGCAGCAACAGCUCCAGCCCCAGUCAGCAGCACCUCCACAGCACCAGCUCCCCUCUCAGAUCCUUCACCCGCCUCAGCCCCUGCAUCAGCGGCCCAUGUCACCCCCAACACUCACGCCCCAGGGCUUGCUGUCUUCCCAGCCUCCCCAGAUGCUGCUGGAGGAUGAUGAAGAGCCAGGGUGUACAACGCCCUUGAACCAAGUACAGUUAUACCUGCAGCAGUUCCAGCAAACCCGUCAGCCCCAGCAGUCCAUGCAGUCGCUCCAGGCGCAGGCUCGUCAGCAGCAGCAACAGCCAGUACCGACUUCUCUCCUGCAGUCUGUCCAGGCGCAAUCUCAGCUGUCGUCUCAGACCACGCUGCCUCCUCCCCAGCUCUCAGUUCAGUCCCAGGCUCAGGCAGCCCCACCACAUCAAGCGCCGCCCCAACAGAUUCCCCUUCACCAGGCCCGCCACAUGCAGCACGCUCAGCAGCAGCAACAACAGCCGCCACAACAGCAGCAGCUGAACUACCAACAAGGUCCUGGACUAGCCAGUCAGCCCCAGGGAUCACAACACAAGGUCUCCAUGCCCACCAACAAAGCACAGCAGAUCAUCCAGCAGCAGCAAGAGCAACCCUCUCCUAUCCCGGCCAAGGCUGAACCUUACAUCACAGGUCACAUGAGGGAUAAUCCAUCGCCUCUCAUGAUGCAUUCCCCACAACUUCCCCAGUAUCCACCAUUGACUCACCAGUCUCCACCUCAUAACAUGCAGCCCAAAAAGCAGAGGGCACCUGGAAUCCAAGGUGGGUUGAAGGAGGAGAAACUUCCUCCAUCACCAGUGAUGAGAGGAGAGCCAUUUAACCCUGCCAUGAGACCGGACCAUCACAAACAUCCUGAUAACAAGCCUUCUCAACCAGGCCACAGCCAACAGAAUGUGAAGUCCAUGGACAGCUCACGGCCUGUCAUCCGCUCCUCUGAGCCCAGUGGACCGCCCCCCUCCCUGCAAGAUAAGGAAAAGUUCAAGCAGGAGUCUAAGGUGCCCAUUGCCCCCAAAAAGGAUGUGAAACUGAAGAAUAUGGGCUCGUGGGCCAGCCUGGCACAAAAGUCUACAUCCGCGCCCUUAUCUGCAGUAAAGUCGUCGAGUGACAGUUUUGAGCAAUUCCGACGCGCUGCACGGGAGAAGGAGGAGAGGGAGAAAGCCCUGAAGGCCCAGGCAGAGCAGGCAGAGAAAGACCGGCUACGCAGAGAGCAGGAUAAACUACGAGGUCGGGAUGAUGAUGACAUCAUGGAGCCGAGCAGAAGGGUGCACGAGGAACCACGCAGGCGUCUGGAGCAGCAGCACAUUCAAGCCCCUUCACAACAACAACAACAACAACAACAACAGCAGCAGCAACAGCAGCAGCAGCAGCAGCAGCAGGAGCCUCAGCCGGCUGCAAUUCAGCCGCCUCCCCAACCCCCCACACCGCCUCAGCCCGCCAUACAGAACCCACUAGACCAACAGAGGGAGCUAGCACGCCGCCGAGAGCAGGAGAGGAGGAGGCGGGAAGCGAUGGCAGCAACUAUUGACAUGAAUUUCCAAAGUGACUUAAUGGCGAUCUUUGAGGAGAACCUGUUUUGAGGGAGAGGAGCAACUGAAACGUAACUGCAAAAACAAACAAAAAAAAAAAAAAAAAAAAAAAAAAAACCUACAGAAAAAGAGAAAAAAAACUUGGAUAUGUAAACUUCCUCUAAAGAGAGAUUUGGCAACUUCGCAUCAGAGGGGACACGGAGUUUAAGCAUAGACCCGACGGGCCCUCAGAGACUGAGUACAGACGCUGGACGGUCGGUCACAGCUUGCUUUGCCCCAGCAGGACGGAACAUACACAACAAGUGGGGGGGGGGGGGGGGGAAUAGUCCCGUCGUUGCAGAUCGUCUUUUCCUGGGAAAUUUUGGCAUUGCCUGCGUGAUAUCUCAGCCAGAGAGAGGGGACCCAUGUUGGCACAGUUGCCUUUGUCACACUUUUAUUCUUACAGUGUGAGUGGGCACAAUAAUAAUUACAAGAGUAAAGACUUCCCAAUAACUAUGAAAAUGCUCUGAUAAUGUACUGACAGACUGUGCAGAGGCGUUUUGAAAACUGCCAGAUGUCCGAGGUGGUGAAGAAGACUGGUCUUUUAUGUUUUUGUUAUGUUUUUUUGUUUGUUGUAAGUGAACACGUGAAAUGGUUGGGGGUGGGGGG